AUGCAGGAGGUCGGGCGGGACAUUGCUGGCCGGGAAGUACCCAGCCGAGGGGGUCGCCUACGCCUGCUUUGCCCACAGGCCAAGUACCUGGCCCAGAUCAUCGUGAUGAGCAUGCAGGUGGUGGGCAGGGCCUUUGCCCGGGCCCUGCGGCAGGAAUUUGCAGCCAGCAAGGCAGCUGCUGAUGCCCGAGGUCGUGCCGGCCACCAGUCAGCUGCUGCCUCCAACCUCUCUGGUCUCAGCCUACAGGAGGCUCAGCAGAUUCUCAACAUUUCCAAGCUGAACCCUGAGGACAUCCAGAAGAACUAUGAACACUUGUUCAAGGUGAAUGACAAAUCUGUGGGUGGUUCCUUCUACCUGCAGUCCAAGGUGGUCCGAGCAAAGGAGCGUCUUGAUGAGGAACUCAAAAUUCAAGCCCAGGAGGAGAGAGAGAGAGAUCAAGCCCCCAGGACGUGA